CCCCCUUCACCCCUUUACAAUGAAAAUGAGUUCUUCCUUCCAUUCAUGUUUCUCUCUUUCCCUCUUUUUAUUUCCCUUCAUUUUCUUCUCUGUCAAUGGCCAAAACAUCAUUUAUGACACUUGCAAAACCUCCUCACAACAAGACCCUAAUGUGAACCUCCAAUUCUGCACCACCUCUCUCCAAGCUGCACCGGCUAGCCACUGUGCUGACCUUAAGGGUCUAGGGAUGAUGUCGAUCAGGCUGACACGAUAUAAUCUCACUGACACCAGGUGUUACAUCAAACAGUUGUUGAAAAAGAACACAAAGAAGCUUGAUCCAUACAUAAAGUCGUGUCUUGAUGAUUGUUUUGAGCUCUACUCUGAUGCUAUCCCGGGUAUCAAGCAGGCUAUGAAGAGUUACAAUUCUAAACGUUAUUUCGAUGCAAAUGUUCAGAUCAGUUCUGUCAUGGAUGCGACCACCACUUGUGAAGAUGGGUUCAAACAGAAAAAGGGCGUCGUUUCUCCACUGACGAAGAAAAAUGAUAUGACGUUUCAAUUAUCUGCUAUGUCGCUUUCGAUUAUGAACAUUCUUCAAAGUGGUUCGAAUUAAAUUCGAACACAUCAUUAUGUAUAACAUCAUUUUAAAUAUUUUUAUAUAUAAAACCAU